CUCACGCCGCUGCGACGAUCCGCGGCAGGAACUCGGUGCAAUGACCUACAGUGUCCACAAGAGGCGCUGGAGAGUCGCCGUGCUGCAGAAGAAUGCGCCACAGGUGAUGUCACGGCCCGGGGAGGAGACGGCGGUGACUGUGAGCUCCGGUGGGCGGGGUCGGGCAGCGCUCAGGUGACGUGUCUCCCGGGAUAAGGAAGUGUGAGCUCCGCAGCCCAUGCCGAGCACAGCGCUCCCCGCCUGACACCUGCUCCUCCUGCUGUAGACAAGCCGCGGACAUGUUCAGCUGGCUGGGGAAGGAGAGCGGCUCCGGCCGGUCCGCUCAGGAUGUUCUGCAGACUGUGACCGGCGGCCUCCAGUCCCUGUACACCGGGAAGCUGCUGCCUCUGGAGGAGCACUACCGCUUCCAUGAGUUCCACUCCCCGGCUCUGGAGGAGGCGGACUUCAAGAACCUGCCCAUGGUCCUGCUGGUGGGGCAGUACAGCACGGGCAAGACCACCUUCAUCAGAUAUCUGUUGGAACAAGACUUUCCAGGAAUGCGAAUAGGACCAGAGCCAACCACCGAUUCAUUCAUUGCUGUAAUGUAUGGCGAGAAAGAAGGCAGCAUACCAGGAAACGCAUUGGUUGUUGACCCCAAAAAGCCAUUCCGAAAAUUAAACAGCUUUGGAAAUGCCUUCUUGAACAGGUUCAUGUGCUCACAACUGCCCAAUCAAGUCCUGAAGAGCAUCAGCAUCAUAGACUCCCCUGGUAUCCUGUCCGGAGAGAAGCAGCGGAUUAGUAGAGGCUAUGAUUUCUGCCAGGUCUUGCAGUGGUUUGCUGAACGUGUUGACCGGAUUAUACUCCUUUUCGAUGCUCACAAACUGGACAUUUCUGAUGAGUUCUCGGAGGCGAUAAAAGCUUUUAGAGGCCAGGAUGACAAAAUCCGAGUGGUGCUCAACAAAGCCGACCAGGUGGAUACCCAGCAGCUGAUGAGGGUCUAUGGGGCCCUCAUGUGGUCCUUAGGAAAGGUGAUAAAUACCCCCGAGGUGGUGAGAGUCUACAUAGGCUCUUUCUGGGCUAAGCCUCUGCAGAAUACGGAGAACCGGAAACUGUUUGAAAUGGAAGCCCAAGAUCUUUUCCGAGAUAUUCAAGGCCUUCCAAAGAACGCUGCACUGCGCAAACUCAAUGACCUUAUAAAAAGAGCACGCCUGGCAAAGGUACAUGCAUACAUCAUAAGUCACCUGAAGAAAGAGAUGCCUGCAAUGUUUGGGAAAGAGGCAAAGAAGAAGGAGCUCAUAGCCAGGCUGCCGGAUAUCUUCUUGCAGAUUCAGAGAGAACAUCAGAUUUCACCCGGGGACUUUCCUGAGGUCAAAAAAAUGCAGCAACAACUGGAGAUGUACGACUUCUCGAAGUUCCACGCUCUGAAGCCAAAGCUCAUCGAGGGCGUAGACAACAUGUUGGCCAAUAAAAUCGCCCCUCUUAUGAAUAUGAUCCGAGAGGAGGAGAGCAGCAUGCCCUCACAGCUAGUCCAUGGUGGAGCGUUUGAAGGCACCAGUGAAGGUCCCUUCAACCAAGGGUAUGGAGAAGGAGCCGGUGAAGGUGCCGGGGAAGAGGAGUGGGUGGUAGCCAAGGACAAACCCAUUUACGAUGAGCUGUUUUAUACAUUGUCUCCCAUCAACGGCAAGAUCUCCGGAGUCAAUGCCAAGAGGGAGAUGGUGAAUUCAAAGCUGCCCAACAGUGUUUUGGGCAAAAUCUGGAAACUAGCGGAUAAUGAUAAGGAUGGCAUGCUAGACGAAGAAGAGUUUGCUUUGGCAAAGCAUCUUAUUAAGAUUAAGCUGGAAGGCUUCGAGUUGCCCAAUGAGCUACCUCCGCACCUCGUGCCACCAUCUCAAAGGAAGCCUAUCCAGAACUCUGAGUGAAGAGCCCUCACCCCUUGCAUAGGCUUUCUGCAUAAUCCUUUAUCUUGAAGCGGCUGAAGGAGUCAUGCAUAGAAAACUGCGGGGUAUUGUGGUUAAAGGGGUUAUUACAAAUUGAAGUUAUCUUGCUGUCCAAAGGCUAGGGGAUAAUUAAUGGAUAGGUGGGGGGGUAUCCACCAACCUGACAAUGAAGGUUCUUUGUCCCACGGGUAAAGGGAGCAGCAGUGGCCACCGCUCUAUUUGUUCUCAAUGGGGCUUGUGUACAUUGCCCAGUGCUGAACUCUAUAUUCAGAAGGCCCAUAGACAAUGAAUGCAGCGAUGGUGCAGCACGCUCGUUGUCUCCUCAUUAACUCUGAGGACAGUUUACCUCCAUUCUUAUUGGUCCAAGCAAUCACACCCCCACCGGUCAGCUAGUUACCACCUAUACGGUGACGGGAUACAUUUUGGUAUAACUCCUUUUAGCUCACUUUUAAAACAUAGUCUCAACAUUUUAAACUGUACAGAUUUGGUUUUUCUGCCUAAGUCUAAGUACGUAGAAGUAAAUGCGCUGUUUGUAUACUGUAUUAAGACUUUAAGUUUACUUAUUGAAAACUACUUCAGUUUAUUAUCGCUGUAGGAGAUUGUGAUCUGUCUUGUGAACAUAGGCUGGACUUCUGGUCGACAUAAGGUUUGGCUUAUAUAUGUGAUCGUAUUAAAGGGGUACUCCACUGGAGAACAUAUUUGUAAAUUACUUCUAUUAAAAAAAAAAAAUCUUAAUCCUUCCAGUA